UUGACAUAUGCUCGCACGUCCUCUUUCAUACACAACCCCUCUUCUUCUCCACCUUCUCUCCAUUUUCUCUUUCUCUCUACUUCUACUCCUCUUUCUCCAUCUGCAACUCAUAUCUUUCCAAAAGUGAUCAAGAUCAACAAAACAUCCAAUUCUUGAUUCGACCCUUCUUUCCUCGCUUAAUUUCUUGUAAAUAUAUAUAGUUUAUAGAGCAUAUAUAUAAACAUGAAGCGAGGUCUAGAUCAGAUGACGAGAAGCUAUAAUGAUCAUGAAAGCAGUCAAGAAACCGGACCCGACUCACCAAAUUCUUCAACCUUCAACGACAUGAAAGCUCUCAUCUCUUCUCAUUCACCUAAAAGAAGUAGGAGAUCUGUAGAGAAGAGAGUAGUGAACGUACCGAUGAAAGCAUUGGAAGGAUCUCGGCACAAAGGAGACACAACUCCGCCGUCAGAUUCAUGGGCUUGGCGUAAGUACGGCCAAAAGCCCAUUAAGGGAUCUCCUUACCCUAGAGGUUAUUACCGCUGUAGUAGCACCAAAGGUUGUCCGGCUAGGAAGCAAGUCGAAAGAAGCAGAGACGAUCCAACGAUGAUCCUCAUCACUUACACUUCUGAGCAUAACCAUCCUUGGCCUCUCACGUCUUCCUCUAGAAAUGGACCUAAAACAAAACCCGAGCCCAAACCCGAACCAGAGCCUGAGGUGGAGCGUGAGGUGGAGCCAGAGGUGGAGGAAGAAGAUAAUAAGUUUAUGGUUCUUGGAAGGGAGAUUGAAACAACUCCGUCAUGUGUCGACGAGUUCGCGUGGUUUACGGAGAUGGAGACAACGUCUUCAACGAUUCUUGAAAGUCCGAUAUUCUCAUCGGAGAAAAAGACUGCUGUCUCGGCUGCUGCGGAUGACGUUGCGGUGUUCUUUCCGAUGGGAGAGGAGGAUGAGUCUUUGUUCGCCGAUCUCGGCGAGUUGCCGGAGUGUUCGGUGGUGUUUCGUCACCGGAGUAGCGUAGUUGGGUCACAAGUCGAGAUCUUUUGACACGUGGUGGUAUUGUAUUGGAUAUUGUUGUCGCUCACAUGGGAAGCGUUGUACGCACGGCGUUUUUUUAUAAUUUAGUUUCUCAACGGUAAUCAAUAAAUCAUCAUAUAAGAGACUCUCUUUCUCUAUACGUUGUUAUGAAAUGCAAAAAAAAAAAAAAAAGGAAGAAUGAUUCGAUUUUGUAAUUCCUUUUUUUGUUUCUUACUUAUGAUUCUCUACUCUUUGAGAAUUCACCUUUUACUCUAUUUAUUUGUUUCGGGGGUUUUUCUUCUUUUACUAGUUUCUUUUAAGGGUUAAAUUAUUGCAAUGUAGUUAGCUGAAUAAAAAUGGCUGUCAUUUUUAUGUAUAUGUAAUCGAUGUCAAUCUUAUUUGUUUUUAUCUA